CGCAAAGUCAGACAUAAUCAGACAUUGAGAUCGAUAUAAGAUGAGUAAACAAUGGACGAGAAGAUUGAGUCGAGGAAGUGCUCCUUCAGAAUAGCCGGUCCACCGAAAGAAAGCUUAGGAGAACUACAAAAAUGCACCAAAUUUUCUAAAAGACAGAUCCAAGUGAUGUACCGGACAUUCAAACAGGACUGUCCGAGUGGUUUAUUACAGGAGGAAACUUUCAGAGACAUAUUUAUGAGAUUCUUUCCUUACGGAAAUGUUAAUCAAUACGCUCAUUAUGUGUUUAAAACGUUUAAUCAGAAUCGCAAUGAAGCGAUUAGUUUUAAAGAUUUCCUGCAAUGGUUGUCCCUACUUUGCCAUGGAUCAGCUGAUGAAAAACUAAAAUGGGCUUUCCGUCUAUAUGACAUCAACAAUGAUGGAUAUAUUACCAGAAAAGAAUUGAGUGAAAUAUUAUGUGCAAUAUAUGCACUGAUAGGUCGUCGCACAUAUCCAUUGAUUGAUGAGCGGACACUUAGUGAUCACUGUGACCGUACUUUUCAGAAAUUAGACGCUAAUAGAGAUGGUGUCGUUACUUUUGAGGAAUUCAUGGCUAUUUGCGCUCAAGAUGAAGCAAUUGCAAGAUCUCUUGCAAUCCUCGACACUGUCAUAUAAAUAGUUAACAAACGCU